AUGGCGGCGUCCACGCGUAGCUUGAAGCGUGCUCUGAAGAGAGCGAUGUCGCCGUCUUUGGUAGUCAUUUUAGGAGCUACAGGCACCGGGAAAUCAAAGCUCGCUAUUGAGGUCGGAAAACGGCUACGGGGAGAGAUCAUUAGCGCCGACUCCAUGCAGGUGUACCAAGGUCUCGACAUCAUCACCAACAAGGUGACAGCUGAGGAUCGAGCCCAAUGUCGGCAUCAUAUGAUCAGCUUCGUGGACCCGUUGGUUAGCAACUACACGGUGGUGGACUUCAGGAACAAAGCUGUAUCUCUAAUAGAUGAGAUGCAUAAUCGGGAUAAACUGCCAAUCAUUGUUGGAGGAACAAACUAUUACAUUGAGUCCCUGCUGUGGCGAGUUCUAAUGGACACUGGGGCUUCAUUGGACGGCGGAGUUGAAGACACUGAUAGGAAGCUGGACCUGGAGAAACUGGGAGGAGCUGAAUUACACAAGCGACUGAUGGAAGUGGACCCUAAAAUGGCUGCUAUGCUGCACCCCAAUGACAAACGCAAAAUUGCAAGAAGUUUGCAAAUCCACGAAGAAACAGGCGUUCCUCAUAGCUCCUGGCUGGAGGAACAACGAGGCCAGCAGGGUGGCGAUGGCCUGGGAGGCCCGUUGAGGUACCCGGACCCUUGCAUCUUUUGGCUCCAUGCCGACAUGAAAGCUCUGGACAAGCGAUUAGACGCACGCGUGGAAGAGAUGUUGUCAGUCGGGUUGAUAGAGGAGCUGAGGGACUUCCAUGCCCGCUUCAAUCAGCAGAAAGUGCAGAACGACAGUCAAAACUACCAACAUGGGAUAUUCCAGUCAAUUGGUUUCAAAGAGUUCCACGACUACCUGACGGCUCCUGAAAACAGCACCCAGCAGGAAAGAGAGGCGCUCCGAGGCAAAGGUGUUGAAGCUUUGAAAAUGGCUACAAGGCGCUACGCUCGCAAACAAAAUAAAUGGGUCCGUAACCGGUUCCUUAAACGACCUGGUGACAGUGUGCCAGCGGUGUACGGCCUGGAUGUGACGGAUGUGGAGAGAUGGGAGGAGACCGUGCUGAACCCUGCACUGCAGAUACUGGACAGUCUCUGCAAGCGGGAGGAACCUCCUUUUCCACCUAUCAGAGUGCAGGGGGCGGAGCUUAGGAACAAACGGAGCCGACAUACUUGCGACUCUUGCGACAAGGUCAUCAUCGGCGACCUGGAGUGGGCAGCUCACCUCAAAUCCAAGAAGCAUCACUUCCACGUCAGGAAGAAACUUAAGUCUGACACUGCGAGCGAUGACCAGUCUCAUUGUACCGCUACGCCUCCCGCUCCAGAUGCAGAGACUCAAACUAACCAGUUGGUAUUUUCCCAGGAUGCCCACGCAGCACACUAA